AUGUAUAAUGCCAAUGAAAGAGUUUCGAAUGGAUACCAGCAAAGAUCACAAACAAAUGGACAACAUCGUCUUCAGCAGCAGCAAAUUGGGGGGAAAAGCCUAUGGCAAAAUCCUUCCCAGCAAUUCGCGCCUGGGCAAACUGUUGAUAUGAAAAAUGGUGCUAGGAAUGUCCAUGGGAAGCAGCCAAUGCUAAUGGCUAAUAAUGAUGUGUUUUCGAUAGGACCAUAUAAAGCUAGGAAGGAUGGUUCUAGAUUUUCCGUACUUGAAAAGUAUGAAAUCAUUGGCUAUAUUGCAGCUGGAACUUACGGUAAAGUCUACAAAGCCAAACGACAAGCUAAUAACAUGCCAUGUGCAGCCACAGAUAUCACAAUGGAUGAUGAUGGCUCUAGGAUGCAGGGUAGCACAUCCAACCUGAGGAAUACAACUGAGAUGACUACUUCAGAGUCAAUGCCGUUUUUUGACAGGCGAUCUCAGGAAAGUAUUCAGAACAUAAGAGUAAAUGAACAAGACGGGAUUAGUGGGCAAGUACCAGGUCCCAAUCAAGAUGGCACUAGUUCCGAUAAACAACUUAAACCGAGCAGUAGCUCUUCGCGAAUAAAUGUCAUGAAGAAGCCACCCUCAUUAUACUUUGCUAUCAAAAAAUUCAAGACAGAGAGGGAAGGUGUUGAACAGUUGCAUUAUACCGGAAUAUCACAAAGUGCAUGCCGUGAAAUGGCUUUAUGUCGAGAAUUGAAUAACAGACAUCUCACAAAACUUGUGGAAAUAUUUCUGGAAAAGAAAAGCAUUUAUAUGGUUUACGAUUAUGCUGAGCAUGACUUAUUACAGAUAAUUCAUUUUCAUUCACAUCCAGAGAAACGAUUAAUACCACAAAAGAUGAUAACCUCAAUCAUGUGGCAAAUUCUAGACGGCGUAUCGUAUUUACAUCAGAAUUGGAUUCUUCAUAGGGACCUGAAACCAGCAAAUAUUAUGGUUACGAUUGAUGGUUGUGUUAAGGUUGGUGAUUUAGGACUGGCGAGAAAGUUUUCCGAUAUGUUGCAGACGUUAUAUACAGGUGAUAAAGUUGUAGUAACAAUUUGGUACAGAGCCCCCGAACUUUUAUUAGGUGCAAGACAUUAUACACCUGCCAUAGAUCUUUGGGCUGUAGGAUGUAUAUUUGCUGAACUUAUUGGUCUUCAGCCGAUAUUUAAGGGCGAAGAAGCUAAAAUGGACUCAAAGAAAAGCGUUCCAUUUCAAGCAAACCAAUUGCAAAGAAUACUAGAAGUUCUUGGAACACCAACCUCUAAAGACUGGCCACAUAUUCAAAAGUAUCCAGAGUAUGAUCAACUUUCCAAAUUUUCCAAGUUCAGAGAUAGCUUACCUACUUGGUAUCAUUCUGUUGGUGGAAGAGAUAAAAUCGCCUUAGACCUGCUUUACCGUCUUUUGACGUACGAUCCUAUCACAAGAAUCGAUGCUAAUGCGGCGUUGGAUCACGACUACUUUACGAGUGGUGAGAAUCCUGUUUGUGAAAACGUUUUUGAAGGGCUCAACUAUAAGUAUCCAGCAAGAAGAAUUCACACUAACGAUAAUGAUAUUAUGAACGUUGGAACGCAUAAAAACAAAAACGCUAACCCCCAACCGCCUUCUGCAGUCAAUAAUUCAUCCAAUGCUUUGGGUGGUCUCGGAGUAAACAGAAGAAUAUUGGCUGCUGCUGCUGCUGCUGCUGCCGCCGUGUCAGGAAGUAAUUUGCAAACCAACACUCGCAAUUCGGAGCCCAUACGUAAAAAGAGACGCUAG